UUUCGAGUUGAGUUUUUCGUCGUCGUCCGGUUCGCGCACAUCGUUUCUGUCUCGGCCGCACCGCAAGAACACAGAAUAAAUAAAGAGACCUACUGGGACUGGGACUUGGAACUGUCACUAACCACCCGACACAGUGCUCUCGAGUUAAAGUGCAGCGCGAGUGAACCACAGUGAACACCACUAGUCUUCAACUAAGCAUACAAACAGUAAAAUGAAGCGUAUAUAGGAACACCAUCGAACGAUUAGAUCCAAAGUAGCAGCCAAUAGAUAAGCCAAGUGUAAAACCAAGAGGAGGACAUGGCUACCAACACGGAGUUGCUGCCUUUCCACCACCAGACAAUGGCGGUGUUGAACAAUCUGAAUAGCCACUGUGGCGGAUCCGGCAGCAAUGGAGCGGCCACCAGUGGAGGAGGAGCGGCAGCGGUUGGCGGAGCGCCCACCUGGGGGAUGGAUGAACUCUACCAACAGACUGAGCUGCCCGGACUGACGCGAACCGGGGCCACCACCACGCACCACCACCUGCUGCGCUUCACGCCCUACGCCCUGCACCACCGACCGCCGCACCACCAACUCCAGACCCUGCCUCCGGCCUUGUAUUUGCAGCAUGCCGCAGCAGCGGCGGCGGCGGCAGCAGCGGCAGCUGCCCACGCACAGCACCACCAUCAUCACCACCACCACCUACCGCACAGGCCCGCCUCGCCGGAGAGUCCGCCGCCGGUGGAGGGAACCCACAUCAGCAAUCUGUUCCCGGAACUUCUCGAGCAGAUCUUCGAACACCUACCAGUGAGGGAUUUGGGGCGGGCGGCCCAGGUCUGCACCGCCUGGCGGGAUGCGGCCUAUGCCAAGAGUGUUUGGAAGGGCGUCGAGGCCAAGCUGCACCUUAAACGCUCCAGUCCGAGUCUAUUCAACUGCCUGGUCAAGAGGGGCAUCAAGAAGGUGCAGAUCCUCUCGCUGCGCCGCUCGCUCAAGGAUUUGGUCUUGGGUGUUCCAGCUCUGACCUCGCUGAACCUGAGCGGUUGCUUUAACGUGGCCGACAUGAAUUUGGGCCAUGCCUUCAGUGUGGAUCUGCCCAACCUCAAGACCCUGGACCUCUCCCUUUGCAAACAGAUCACGGACACAAGUCUGGGGCGGAUUGCCCAGCAUCUGCGGAACCUCGAGACUCUGGAACUGGGAGGCUGUUGCAACAUCACCAACACAGGACUCCUGCUCAUAGCGUGGGGCCUGAAGAAGCUGAAGCACCUCAAUCUGCGAUCCUGCUGGCACAUCAGUGACCAGGGCAUAGGUCACCUGGCGGGUUUCUCGCGGGAAACGGCCGAGGGCAAUCUGCAACUGGAGUAUCUGGGCCUGCAGGACUGCCAGCGGCUGAGUGACGAGGCCCUCGGUCACAUUGCCCAGGGACUGACCUCACUGAAAUCGAUCAACCUGAGCUUCUGCGUCUCCGUGACGGACAGUGGGCUGAAACACCUCGCCCGGAUGCCCAAGCUGGAGCAACUGAACCUCCGCUCCUGCGAUAACAUCUCAGAUAUCGGAAUGGCGUACCUCACAGAGGGUGGCAGCGGGAUCAACUCGCUGGACGUUAGUUUCUGCGACAAGAUCAGCGAUCAGGCACUGACGCACAUAGCCCAAGGACUCUACCGAUUAAGAUCUCUGUCCCUUAAUCAGUGCCAGAUCACCGAUCACGGAAUGCUGAAAAUCGCAAAGACGCUGCAUGAGUUGGAGAACCUUAAUAUCGGACAGUGCAGCCGGAUUACGGACAAGGGCCUCCAGACGCUGGCCGAAGAUCUGACCAAUCUCAAGACCAUCGAUCUCUACGGCUGCACGCAACUUAGUUCCAAGGGCAUCGACAUCAUCAUGAAGCUGCCCAAGCUGCAGAAGCUCAAUUUGGGCCUCUGGCUGGUCAGGUGAUGCGUCCACCACGAUUGCAACGCCUGUGCGGCGGAGGAGGCCGCUCGCGGCUCUAGUAAUUCCCAACCAUAGAUUCCGGGCGGGAAAGAGAGGGCAGGCGGAGCAGACAAGAUACACUGAGAACUCAUAGCUUUCGUUUGCCAUACCACACGCUGUACUACAUUUUUUUUCGUACGAUUCGAGAAACGAGCUGAGGGGCACAAAACAACACGGCAAACAAUGAGGCACACACAAACACACACGCAAGAAAAAGCAAGGCGAGCGGGAGGAGUUGGGGAAAGGGGGACAGGGACAGACGGCGUCAGGGAGAGAGUGCUGCCAGCUCAGCUUGCUUGGCAUCGGUUUUUGUUUUUAUAUUAAAUACUCAGAUGUAGUUUUUUGAUCAGAUGUAAGCAAAAUGAACUUUCAAUAUUGUUUUACUUUUUUUUUCUUAACUUAUCCUAAUUUGCUUAAAAUGCAUUAUUGGAAACAAAUAACAUGAUUACUUAUUGAAGCCAAUAAUUAUGUCAAGAUCUUCUUACACGACCUGAAUUUUGUUUGACCAUUUUUUAUUCAGAUACUGUAAACAUCGGUAUAAGGUGUUGAACAAACAUUUUACAUUUUUUUUAAAUGUCGUCGUUUUCAAAUAUACAAGCAAUUUUUUCUUAGCGCUCGCAUAGACUUCAAAACUCACAAAAAAAAAACCUUGAAAAUUCAGCUCUUGUAGGGGCUUUAAUGAAGAAAAGAAGAUAAAAAAAUUUUGUUAUGAAUUGCCAACAAAUGUUUUGAAAUGUAAUACCGAACAAUUUGUAUUACUUUUCAUAAAAAUGACUGUACUUACAUCUCAUUAUUAAAAACUAGUUUAUAGUAUGUAAUUUUUAGACGAACUUCAGUUAGAUCGCCUUUCCGCUAGAAGUAGCUAUAUUCCCGCUGAGGUCCAGGCAACACAGUUCAUGGAGCUCGCUUUGCUGCGUUGUGUUGUGUUGUUGUUCCUAGGGGGGAAGAGCGAGAGGGAAUACAGCCGCUGGCGUCGGCUUACACGCACGCAGCGAUAAAAAAAGAGAAAAAAGAAACAGCAGGCAACAACAAAUGCAGCUAUGGCCGACAGCAACAAAGUGCAUGGCGAUGGAGACGCGCGAUAAGCAGUGGGAGGGGGGAGAGCAGGAGAGUGGGCAGCACAUUCACACACACAACGCAUGUGUGUGUGUGCAAUGCAGGCCGCAGUUAAGCAGAUGCAAAUAAAUUUAAAUAGUUUAUUUUAAUUCACGCUUCGGCUACAAAAGCCAGCGUCCUCCAUUGCCACAGCAACAACAACUACAACAUCAGCAUAAGAGCGAUAAAAAAACAACAAAGCAAAAAAGAGAGGGAGUAUGGGGAAUUAAAACUUGACUCUCCUCUCUUUCUCACUCUCCAUCGCAUUUUUCUUGCUCCCCUUUUGUGUUUGUAUCUUUUUUGUUUUUGUGCCUCGGCGUUUUCUUCUCGUCGUUCGUUGCGAAUUUGUUUAGUACAGCGUCGUUAGUUAUGCCGUUUAAUUUAGUUGAUUAAAACGUAAACAAAAGAGUAACGAAAACUUAAGCAAAAACAAUGUUAAUAGUAGACACUUAAUGAAAAUGCGUAAACUUAAUUCUUAGUUCUUAACAUUUGUCAAGCCACAAUUAGUCAAAUAACGAAAAAGAGGGGAGAAUAACCAUAAACACAAGUUAUAAAAACAUAAAAAAAACAACAACCUUGUUUAAUAGCAAAAAACUCACCCAAACACAUACACACACAAACAAACACACACAAACGUUAAAGAAAAUUCUGUAAAUUUUUUAUUGUUUAAUUUAUAAGUAAGCAAACAAAAAGAGAAGAUAACGAUUGAAAAGAAUAUGCGAAUUAAUUCUUUUUUCUAUUGUGAUAUAAAAUGUAUUGUAUAAAAAAGGAAACAUAAACAAGCAACCGAAAAUUAAUGCUAAAACAACAAUUACGUAAUUUUAUUUAAGCAGCGAUAAGCGAAAAAAGCGAGGAUUAAAUUAAAUAAAUUAAAACUAAAUAAAUAUGUACAAUGUUAUGUUAAGUCAGGACUUCUCCUAUUCUCUGUUUUUUGGAUUAGUUAAAUGAGCCCGAUUCGAUUUUGUUGAUCUGCAAUAUACUGAAUGCCUUAAUUCCAUUUUCAAGCUAUAUUAUUAACUAUGUUGAUUCUGAAAACCCCCAGAGUUUCGAUUGUGAGUUUUUCCUAGAUCUAAGUUUUUCGACGAUUGAUAUUUUUGUUUUAGGAGGCGAAACCCCAUUAAAAAAUUUUGAACGAUGACGUUGGCGACGCGAAAGAAGAGAAAAUAAAUUAAAUAUGUAUAAAAAUCCAACAAA